AUGAAACCUGAUAAAAGCCAUACUGUUCAAAUUAUAGCAAAACUUAAAAAUGGAAAAGAAACAAAUCGAUCAGAUCUUAUCAAUUUUAAGGUGCCUUGUCAAGAAGAUCAAGAAACCUAUGAAGUUAUAACUGUAAUCAAUGAACCAGUUCCAUUGCAUUUACUAGGCUUUAUUGUAAGACAUGACGAUACAAAAGAAAAACAAUCGACAUCUAAAUAUGAUCGAUUUAAACAACGUGCGUUAGAACUUCAUCGAAGACUUCGGCUUCAAAUAGAAAAAAGCGGAAAAUAUUAG